AUGGUACAAGGAGAGGAUGAAGGAGACGACCUCUUCGUGGAGAUCCAAUGGUACAAGGGAGAGGACGAAGGAGAUAACCUCUUUGGUGGAGAUUCGAUGUUAAUUUCACGCCCAUUGCCAUCAUGGCUUCUCUCAAGAGCUGCUUUUCUUUUGUUUUUUUGCUAUUCAUUAUUAGUUGCAUAUCAAGUUUCUCAUGAUGGAAGAGCUAUUACCAUCAAUGGAGAACGGAGAAUUCUUCUAUCUGGUUCCAUUCAUUACCCAAGGAGCACUGCCGAGAUGUGGCCAGAUUUGAUAAAGAAAGCAAAAGAAGGUGGAUUGGAUGCAAUUGAAACCUAUGUGUUUUGGAAUGCACACGAGCCAUCUCGUCGCGAAUAUGACUUUUCUGGGAAUUUGGAUCUCAUAAGGUUCUUGAAAACAAUUCAAGAUGAAGGACUUAUGUUGUUCUUCGUAUUGGACCUUAUGUUUGUGCUGAAUGAAACUACGGUAUGGUUACACAAUAUGCCUGGAAUUGAGCUUCGCACGGCUAACCAAGUUUAUAUGGUAUAA